UAGAAUUUGUCAUAAGAACUCAUGAUUACGGAAUUGACAGUUCUCGUUUCUAACAUCGAAUCCCACCACACUCAUCUAAGCGCAUCAACAAGGGAUCUUAGAUAAUAAAAUUCUUGCUCUUCAAAAAGAAAUCAAAUCAAACAAGAAGAAGGACAAAGGAUGAAGAAAACUAUACAAUUAUUAGAAACUUCGAAUCGUUGAUGCAGAAUCUCUGAUAACUGAGAGAGCGUCGUCGUCGGAGCGGUGGUGGUUGACUCUAAAAUGGCAUGUUUGAUUCAUUUUUCUGGUUUAGUGGCAUUCUAGCCUCUGACUCGGUAUCUAACAAGUCAAAAUUAAUCCGAGGUUACACGUAAAAUCUCAAAGUGCGAAAUUCCUCUUUCUCCGUCGUUGCUCUCUUCCGGCGAUACGAGUAUCUGAUCCGAGCAAUCUCACUCCAAAAGCUUGAUUUCCUGAAUUUAAAGAAUCUGAUUUCUGAUGGAUAGUGGAACGGUCAACAUCAAGAAAUGGGUAGUGAUAUAUCCAGUCUAUAUUAACUCAAAGAAAACUGUAGCUGAGGGAAGAAGAAUCAGUGUGAGUAAAUCAUGUGAGAAUCCGAAUUGCAUUGAGAUCAGUGAUUGUUGCAAGCAUUUGAAACUCCCUAGUGCCGUCGAGAUUGACAAAGCAUACCCGCGCGAUUUCAUGCAAGUAGGGAGAGUGAGGGUGCAAUUGAAAAGGGAAGAUGGGACUUUACUCAAUCCAGCCAUUACUUCAAGGAAGCAUCUGCUGCAGAAAAUUGCAGAGUUGGUACCAAGACAUCCAGAGAGAGUGAAGAAGCAGGAAGCUCAGAAAGCGAAGAAGCAGGAACCUCAGGCCACAACUUCAUCCUCUGGAACUUCUUCAAAGUCAGGCAAAGGUGGCAAGAAGAAGAGAUAAAACUAGAAGUAUUAAGGAAGUUCUUUUCAUUUACUUUGGCUGGCUUCUUUAUAUCAGAAUUUGCAAUUGCUUCUGUAUUCUCUCACUUUGGUGGUUUCCAUCAAACAUAUCAAGGUCAUGAAUAUGCUCUUGGUACA